UCCAUGUCGUCAUCUCCGGUUAUCAUCCCCGUUAAUGCUAAAACCAAUGCUAACGAGAACGCCUGAUACAGACUGAAUAAACCUUCGUUUUAACUGUAAAUUUUGCAAAAUGGGGAAGAAACACAAAAAACAUAAACCGGAGUGGAGAACAGUUGAUGACUAUGAAGACAAGGCAUUGGAGAAGCCACUGAAGCUCGUCCUGAAAGUAGGAGGCAGCGAAGUGACAGAACUCUCGGGUUCGGGCCAUGACUCCAGCUACUAUGACGACAGAUCAGAUCACGAACGCCACAAAGAGAAAAAGAAGAAGAAGAAGAAGAAAUCUGAUAAGGACAAAUAUGUGGACGAUGAAGAGAGAAAACGAAGAAAGGAGGAAAAGAGAAAGAAAAGAGAGCGAGAGCAGAAUGAAUCCGAGGCAGCACCUACCACCGCGGUCAGCACUGGCGUGCCCGUCGAACCUUUCACCAUAUCCAAAACUAUGAGUAUCAAAAUAGAGCCAGAAGAGAAGAAAAGGAAGAGGGAGAAGUUUGAGAGUGAGUCUGAGUUUGAGGAAUUUCACCCCAGCGUGAAGGUCGACGUCGAGCACCAGGGAGAAAGACCCGUGCGAGCGUGCCGAACACAACAUGAGAACGAGUCAACUCCCCGGCAGCUGUUACUUGAGCACUUCCUCCGCCAGCUGCAAAGAAAAGAUGCCCAUGCUUUCUUUGCCUUUCCAGUAACAGAUGCGAUUGCUCCCAAUUACUCAAUGAUCAUUAAACACCCGAUGGACUUCAGCACCAUGAAAGACAAGAUCUCCAAUAAUGAGUACAACACGGUGACAGAAUUCAAGGCUGACUUUAAGCUGAUGUGCGACAACGCCAUGGUUUACAAUCGCCCGGAGACGGUCUACUAUAAGGCGGCCAAGAAACUUCUCCAUACCGGGUUUAAGAUGAUGAGCAAGGAUCGCCUGUUGGUUUUGAAGCGCAGCAUGUCUUUCAUGCAAGACAUGGCAGCCAUUUUGGGGGAUGAAGAACUCGCGGCCGAUUUACCUCCGACGGAGGUCACUCCUAUCCCAACGGAAUCGGCCAGAAAGUCAAAGAAACAACCCGUGAAAGAUAUGAACUAUCUUUUCGAGCCAGAGGGGAACGCCUGCAGCCUGACUGACAGCACAGCAGAGGAACACGUCCUCGCUCUGGUGGAACAUUCGGCCGAUGAAGCCCGAGAUCGCAUCAACAGAUACAUGCCAAACUCCAAGAUUGGGUACUUGCAGAAAGAGUCCGACACUUCUCUUGUGUACACUGUCGUCAAUCAGCUCGAUCCCGAGGCAGAAGGUCUGAUACCCCAAAAUCUUGUUAUGCAGGAAGAGGAGACUCAUAAAGUGGACUUGAGUUCACUAUCAAAUAAGCUCCUUCCUGGAUUAACAACGCUGGGCUUCAAAGAUGACAGGAGACACAAAGUGACUUUCCUGAGUAGUGCCUACAACAUUCAGAGCCUUCAGAAGAACUCGGUCUUUCCAGACCUGCUACCCGAGGAGUCUGACUUGCUGUGCUCGGCGUAUGGAGAUGAAACGGGGGUGCAAUGUGCUCUGAGCAUACUGGACUUUGUGAAAGGAUGUGGAAAUGCCACCAAGUGUUGGGUGGAUGAAAUUCUGGAUAAGAUGACAGGAAGCGAUCACACAAAAGCUGCCAAUCAGAUCCGACAGAAGAGGAACCCGCUGCUGAAAGCGGACGAAACCAAGACAGGCCUCUGCGACAUGCAGAUGGUGGAUGGUGCUGGUCUUGGAGAAAGCAGUUCAGUGUUGGACUUCAUGUCUUUGAAGAACUACCCUGACAUGUCUCUUGACAUAUCCAUGCUCAACACUUUAGGUAAAGGUGUGAAGAAGGAGCCAGGAAACGAGGAAAGCCAGCAGAACUUUGAUGAGGCCGACAAGCUUCUGCAGGAGUUUCAGGAGGCUCAGGUGGACCGAGUCGGCUCCAGGCCUUCUUCCAACCUGUCGUCCCUCUCCAACGCCUCCGAGAGGGAUCAACAGCACUUGGGGAGCCCAUCACAGUCGGAAAUGGUUCACGAUCCCUACGAGUUCCUCCAGUCGCCAGAGUCAGAGAGUCCAGCCAAUAACUGACCAAAUGAUUUCAUUCUUCACCGGCAUUGACAUCGCCCGUCACUGUGACGUUGGAUCGGUUCAGUACUGUGGCAAGCUUCUAAAGAAUGUGAUUUGUACAGAUUGUUUAAUUUUUGUUUGUAUGUUUUUUAUUUUGUACGAGGGCAACAGUAAAAAUAAAUGUUUGCACAUGUAUUUAUAAA